AACGGAAAAACCAUGAUAAGAUUCCUUCAAAUAAUUAUUAUUGAACUGCCGUAUACAUAAUAUUAUCACUUGGCAAGUUUACAUGAAGUGUGUAGGUGUGUGAUUACGUUUAAUUCAUUUAACAAGACUACUGUUGGAUAUACUGGAAGUGUAGAUAAUAUUUAGCUUAUACAUUUCAAUGCUUAAAAUAUGGUACCUCAAAAGAUACCUCGUAUCAAUACUCGCCUUUUUUGGUUUUAUGAAUAUCUAUGCCUUACGUUCAAACUUGAGUAUUGCUAUAGUUGAUAUGACACAACUGAAGAAUGUUUCUUUGAAAAACGGGACUAAUGUAUUCGAACGAGAAUUUGAGUGGAAUUCGACAUUGCAAGGUUACGUUCUUAGUUCAUUUUUUUAUGGAUACAUCUUUACACAAAUCGCUGGAGGAUUUUUGGCCGCUAAACUUGGAGGCGCUAGAGUUUUUGGACUGGGAAUUGUCUCUACUUCCUUAUUAACCUUGGUUACUCCGUGGAUUGCAAAAACCAGUGUUUACUUUCUAAUUGCAAUCAGGAUUUUAGAAGGGGCUCUUGAGGGUGUCACAUAUCCUGCUAUGCAGGAAUUAUGGUCACACUGGGCCCCUCCGUCGGAAAAAAGUCGUUUAGUUAGCAUUGCGGGAUCAGGCAGCUAUUUUGGAGCCGUAGUGGCAAUGCCUAUUUGUUCACUCUUAGCGACGUCUUUCGGUUGGGAGAGUAUUUUCUACACAUUUGGUGUAAUUGGAUUCAUUUGGUACGCGAUAUGGCUACUAGUAGUCGCAGAUACUCCAUCAAGCGACAGAUACAUAAAAGAAAAAGAAGUAAAGUACAUAAACGACGCCGUCAGUUCCAUCAAGAGCGAUGAAAAAAUCACCACCCCUUGGUGUACUAUUUUAAAAUCACGUGCAGUAUUGGCAAGUACCGUUUGUUUAAGUUGUGAAACCUGGGGAUUUUAUACGCUACUAACAUUUUUGCCUCAAAUGAUGAAAUCACUUUUAGGAUUUGAUCUCAACCAAGCUGGGUUCCUCUCAGCAUUGCCUUAUUUAUCCAUGUCUAUUAUGGUACAAGUUGGUGGUUUCUUAGCCGAUUAUAUAUUACGCAAAAAAUACCUAACUACGACACAAACAAGAAAAUUAGGGAUUAUAGUUGGAUUUUCGUUCCAAGGUCUAUUCAUUCUUAUUGCCGGAUAUUGGGUAUCCAAGUUUGGAACUCCUUUUUGUCUAGUCACUGCUGUUGGAUUGGGCGGACUGGCGUUGAGCUCUUUGCUAAUCAACCCACUGGAUAUAGCUCCCAAAUUUGCCGGGGUUAUAUUUGGCAUUAAUAACACAUUUGCAACCAUACCCGGAAUAGUCUCUCCGAUUUUAACUGGAUAUAUAGUUACUGAUCAGACCAGUGUUACCCAGUGGAGGAUAGUAUUUUAUAUAGCGUCGACUAUUUACUUGUUUGGAGCAAUUUUUAGUUUUCUAUGUACUGACGGAAAACAGCAAUCUUGGGCAGAUAUACCAGUUCCAAAUAAUAAUGGAGUGGCAUCGGCUAUUGAUUAUGAAACCCAAACAGAUAAAAUCGAUUGUUCUGAUUUUGAAAGGAAGACGUAACAAAUCGUGCAGUUUUGCUUUUAUUUAUAUAUUUUUUAAUAAAAUAUUUGAAUAAGAUGAUUAGAUUAGA